AUGGCUCUUCCAGCUACGGCAGUGGGGGAUCAGGCCGGAAGAUCAUCAUUAGCUCUGGAGGUGGAGGAGGGGGUUCGUCUGGAUGCUGUGGUGGAGGAUCCAGCAGUGGUGGAUCUUCCGGCGACAAGAUCAUCAUUGAAGGAGGUGGAAGCAGUGGUGGAUCCUCUGGAUGCUGCACUGGGGGAUCCGAUCUUUCAAUUUUUCCGAGGGAGAUGCUCCCGCCAGAACAGGGGUUACAGCAAUGGCAUCUCCUCACACUAUGGGGACACUCGGAGCCUGCAGGGACGUGGCUCCAUCUUCUGCAGCGGAGAGGGCUCCAUCAUCUACAGCCGGGGAGCUGCACCCACAUCCUUCCCCUACAGCAUCACAGCGGGGUGCACGCCUGGCAGCGAUGGGGUUGUUGUAAUAUCUGGGGGUGAUAGUGAGGGGGCAUCUGGAUGGAGCACGACGGGAGGGACAGUCCCAACCUACAGCCCCCAGGGGGCGGUGGGAUAUGGCACUGAGGACACAGGCUGGGGUAUGGUUGGUGGUUCAGCAGGUGGUGGAGGAUCAGGAUGCUACAGUGGGAAAUUGGGUGCUGGGAGAGGUUCUGGCUGUGGGUAUGAUGCGUCUCAGAGACAAAAGGCUGUAAGCACAAGUGCUGGACAAGGGCUGUAUGGUGGAGUAUCGGGCUAUGGCACCGGGGGAGAGCUCAGCUCUGGAAGUGCUGGGAUGGCACAGGUCAUGCAGCAGAAGUGCCCUGUAGUCAUCCCCGACAUUGAGCCCCAACAGAUCAAGCAGAGCUGCCAGUGGCCCCCCAGCCAGAAGAAAUGA